UGUGAUUGAACAUGUGGGUGGAGUUUAUUUAAACUGGGGCGGGGCUAUGCAAUAGUGGGCUGGGUUUAAGUUAAUGUGGGUGGAGUUUAGUUUUGACACAAAUCAUGGGCAAAAUAAUUAUUAUAGAUGUUUUAGACAUUUUAUUUAGACGCUCAAUUAUUUAUUAUCAGGUCUCAGUAUAAGAGGAUAAAUGUGGAGGUUUUUGUUAUGAAGGAGAUCCAGCGUAAAUCAUCUGCCAAAUCAAACAUGUAGAUCAGGAAUCAGAACUUCAUAGCGGAUCAGUCGAGGCCCGGGUUACCAACGACCGCCACAGGUGUGUGAUGGACAGGUCAGCUGUGUGGGCGGAGCCUCUUCACAGGUGCAUGCUGGUCCUGACCUGUGUGCUCGUGCUGUGUGAGGUCAUCGUUGGACGUCUGUGUGAAUCUCUCAUUAACACGGUGGACAGCUUCCACACCCUCUACGUCCUCAUCGGCAUGGCGAUCUCCACACGAGGUGCUGAGGAGAUCCCCAGCGUCUCAGCUGAACCCAGAGCAACAGAACCACAGGAGAACCACACAUCUCCUACUGCUGAUGGAUCUCAGUACUCCAGGUUUCGCGUGAAGUUGGUUGGAGGUUUGAUCUCAGCCCUGCUUCUCUCCUCUCUGUGUGUGUCCAUCAGCUUCGAUAUCCUGAGCCACACACUGCAGCCUCACCCCCUACAGCGCCCUCUCCUGGCCACAGCCCUCGGUGCAGUCAGUCUGCUCUUUAAUAUUCUGCUGCUGGUGUGGAGAUGUUCAAGACGAACAGAUUCAGGAGUUUAUGGUCUCAAAAAAAGUGAGACAGAAACUUCUUUACCUCCAGCAGGUUCUCCUCAUGGUGAUGUGCUGAUGUUUUGUAACCCCGGGUUGAACAACGAUCUCCAUCCAGACCCUCAGGAUCACUCGGUUCACCGUCGCUCCAACUCCAUUUCCCAUGAUUCCUCUCACACAGAUGCACAUGGAGAAGAGGAUAAAUGUGAGGGCAGCAGCAGAGACUCAGGUCAUGCUGAAGCUCGGCAGUGUGACGUGAGUGGGUGUAUAAGAAACAUCAUCACAAUGUUCCACAGCCUCCUGGGUUCUUCUCUGGUUCUGCUGAAUGGAUCCCUUCAUCUCCUCUGUGUGCGGUUCCAGUGGAGGUGUGAUCUGAGCGUCUACCUGGACCCAGGGUUCUCCAUGCUCACAGUGCUGGUUCUAUUAGCAGCGGUGGUUCCUGAGCUCUGUCGUCAUGUCCUGCUCCUCCUGCAGGCGUCUCCACCAGGUCUGUGCAUUGAGGAGCUGAGGGCGGAGAUGAAGCGUGUCCCCGGCGUAUUAGGCGUGCACGAGCUCCACGUGUGGCAGCUUUCUGAGAUGUGUGUCGUAGCCUCUGUGCACGUGCACUGGCCGUCGUGUCUGAAUGCACUCGAGUGUUCUGAACUCCUAAGGAGCAUCACAGAUGUUCUGAGAAGGUUUGGGGUGAAGUUCUGGACCAUACAACCCGAGUUUGUGACCUCCCACCCUGAAGAUGCUGCUUUCCGGCCGGACUGCACACUGCGCUGUGGGAAAGUGUGUGUGAGGAAGAUGUGCUGUUUACCUCCAGAGACACCUUUCAGCUCCACAUCUGUCCACAAGAAGCAGAACACACACACCAAUAACUGAUCAUAAAUACAGAAUUAAACACAAACACGCAAUUUAUUUACAUCAAUCACAGAAAUAUUACAUCUGAACAAUAACCAGUUUUUAUUUUCAUAUCAAAAUGUUUACAUUCAAAUUAUUAGAUUCAAUUAUUAGAAUUUCUACCCAAUAAAAACAGAGCAUUAAAUUUUAAUAAAAUAUAAAUAUGUUCUGCUUUAUAUAAAGAGUGGAAUAAUAAUUUAUAGAACUCAGUAAAAUGUACAUUUACGUGUAAAACUAUGUGAAUAAUAAAUAUAAUUCUGAAAGCAAAUUUAUAAACCCAAAUGGUUUAUUAUUUGACUCUGAAUUUCAUCUGAUUUACAUAAAAACAUAUAUUUUAUAAACAACAGCACCUGGAAAAGUGUGGAAACACCUGGUGUAUGUUCCUUUUGUUUUUAUGGUAAAAAGCAGAAACACACUGGAGGACUGGACAGUAAAUGAGUUUAUGUCUUUAACAGAAGAACUUGUGUAAUGUGAUCAGACUCCCUCACACACACACAUGGAGGUGGAAGUGUAAUGGUUUGGGGUUGUUUUGGAGCAGUGAAGAUUCCGGAACGUGAAAGUGAACCAUCAUGUCUCCUAUUCCACACUUCAUCAACGUGCAGUUCCGUCUGGACUGCGGCUCAUCGGAAGCGACUUCACCGUACAACAAGUCGAUGAGCCGAAGCGAUAAACACGUCUGAGUUCUGUACGUGUUAUUUAGAGAGCAGACAGACGUCUGGAGUGAUAUCUAUCAUGGAACCACCUGCCCAGACACCACACCUACAGUUAAUCCUAUGUAGGAGUUUUCAAUAAAAAUAAAGUGGAACAUCUGCACAUUCAACUUGUAACUUCCUCCUUUUUUUCUUUAAACAUCUUCAAUAACAGAACUGACCUGCACUUGAUGUUAUUAGUGCAUUAAAAGUGAGGCAGAACCUCGUACAUUUCUCAGUGUGUCAGGAAUAAACAUUUGGACACGUCUGAUCUACUUAUAAUAAACAAAACAACUCAUUUUACACAUUUUUAUAUCCGAUUAAUCAAAUAACCGAAAAGAAUUGUCUGAUUGAUUAUCAUAAUAGCCGUUACUCAUGCAUAUCUUAUCCAGCCUUAUUUUUAUAUAUAUUUAUUUAUAGUAUAGAAUAUUGUUUUAUUUAUAUUUUAUACUUUACAUUUGUAUUUAUAUUUGUAUAAAAUGUUAGUUUUAUUUGAUUUCUAUCUACACGUGGGACGGUUGUAAAAACACGUGAAUGAAUGUGUGUGUGAGUAAAAUUGAAACAGGAGUAUUUGAUCUGUAAAAUCUGUUCACACCUGCAGCAGUUCAAUAACUUCAUUAUAAAAAAUACACACAACACCAGAGAUCUUAUGUUCCAUGUUUUUACUGUUUUUAUAGAUUUUUUGAAGUUAGAAUGAAAAAAGGCGUACAGCUUUAAAGAGCGAAUGAAAGGUUGUUGUUCAUUCAACGGCAGGCCAACCACAGAAACCUGCCAACCAA